GGGCCGCCGCCAUGUCGAGCAGCGGCCGCAGCCCCCUGCCCACGGUCAGCGAGCGCGACGCCGAGCAGGCAGUGCUGGGCCCCACGGAGACCAAGGGCAGCGGCAAGGCUGCCAUGCUGCGGGGCCGUCCCGUGCCCCCCGCCCCUGAUGACCAGCCCCACGUGGGCAACUAUCGCCUGCUCAAGACCAUCGGCAAGGGCAAUUUCGCCAAGGUCAAGCUGGCCCGACACGUCCUCACCGGCAAGGAGGUGGCCGUGAAGAUCAUUGACAAGACGCAACUCAACUCCUCCAGCCUGCAGAAGCUCUUCCGGGAAGUGCGGAUCAUGAAGGUGCUGAACCACCCCAACAUCGUGAAGCUCUUCGAGGUGAUCGAGACAGAGAAGACGCUCUACCUCGUCAUGGAGUACGCCAGCGGGGGUGAGUGCCCCCCCCUGCAGGCCGAGAACCUGCUGCUGGAUGCCGACAUGAACAUCAAGAUUGCCGACUUCGGGUUCAGCAACGAGUUCACGCUGGGCUCCAAGCUGGACACGUUCUGCGGCAGUCCCCCCUACGCUGCACCCGAGCUCUUCCAGGGCAAGAAGUACGACGGCCCCGAGGUCGACGUCUGGAGCCUCGGCGUCAUCCUCUACACCCUCGUCUCGGGCUCCCUGCCCUUCGACGGCCAGAACCUCAAGGAGCUGCGGGAGCGGGUGCUACGGGGCAAGUACCGCAUCCCCUUCUAUAUGUCAACCGACUGCGAGAACCUGCUCAAGAAGUUCCUCAUCCUCAACCCCAGCAAGCGCGGGACUCUGGAGCAAAUCAUGAAGGACCGCUGGAUGAACGUGGGACACGAGGACGACGAGCUCAAGCCCUACGUGGAGCCCAUGCCCGACUACAAGGACCCCCGGCGGACAGAGCUGAUGGUUUCCAUGGGCUACACGCGGGAGGAGAUCCAGGACUCUCUGGUCGGGCAGAAGUACAAUGAGGUGAUGGCCACCUACCUGCUUCUGGGCUACAAGACCUCCGAGCUGGACACAGACGCACUGGCGCUGAAGCCGCGGGCGCCCCCCGAUGUGGCCAACAGCAGCGUCCCCUCCCCUGCCCACAAGGUGCAGCGCAGUGUCUCUGCCAACCCCAAGCGCCGCGUCAGUGACCAGGGUGAGCCGGACACCUGGGUUCUUGGGGGCACGGGGAGGGCAGCUUGGAGCCCAGACACCUGGCGGGGAGGGGUCCCUACUGCAGGGACAGGGGAGCCAGAUGCCUGGGUUCCCCCCCAAUGGAAGGGAGGGAUGUUGGUGGGGUUGGGAUGGGAGAGGAUCCGGGAGCCCGGAUGCCUGGGUUCCCUCCCCACCCUCUGUGCCUCAGUUUCCCCACCGUGUCCCCCACAGGAGAGCGUCCUGUCCACCAGCACCAACCGCAGCCGCAACUCGCCCUUGCUGGACCGGGCCAGCCUGGGCCCACCCGGCAUCCAGAACGGCAAGGACAGGUACCUCCCCCUGCCCAGAUACCUGGGUUCGUCCCUGCCCUGGAUGCCUGGAUGCUCCCCUUCCCACCUCAGACACCUGCGUCCCCCCCACCUGCCCACAUGUGGCCUUAUGCUGUGUAUCCCCCCUGACCCAGCUGCUGAGUGGCGGGCGGGAGCCUGCAUUCCUGGAUUCUGCCGUGUUCAGGCAGGGCCUUCCGGGGUCUGGCACUCAGAGCUGGGGUCCAGGCACCCGGGUCCAGCUCUCUGCUCCACCAGAGCUGUGCCCCCAGGCUGUCCUAACAUUGCCCCCACCCUCUGUCUUUUGAGGAACCUGCAUGAGCCCGAGAGCAAAGACCGAGUGGAGACACUCAGGCCGCCAGUGCUGGGCAGGGACAAGGAGCGGGGGGCCGUGCCAGGAGUGGGCCCUGGGCCCGGGGAGGAGCCCAAGCCACGCUCGCUGCGCUUCACGUGGAGCAUGAAGACAACGAGCGCGCUGGAGCCAGGCGAGAUGCUGCGCGAGAUCCGCAAGGUGCUGGACGCCAACGGCUGCGCCUGCGAGGCCCCCGAGCGCUACGUGCUGCUGUGCGCCCACGGCGCGCCCGGGCAGCCCGCCUUCGCCCAGUGGGAGAUGGAGGUGUGCAAGCUGCCGCGCCUCUCGCUCAACGGCGUCCGCUUCAAGCGCAUUGCCGGCACCUCCAUGGCCUUCAAGAACAUCGCCUCCAAGGUGGCCAACGAGCUCAAGCUUUAAUGGGGGGCGGGGGGGGCCGGGGCCGCGGGGCCCCCCCCGACUGCGCAGCCUG